GUGGCAGGCGCAGCUGGCGGCCAAGGCAGGGCAGCGGGGUGGCCAGGGGGCGGUGGCAGUGUCGGAGGCGGAAGGGGAAGGGGAGGGGGAGGGGGCGCAGGCAAGCAUGGAUGCUGCGCGCGCUGAGAUGAGGGCGUGGUGGAGCGCCCAGCAGGCAGGCAAGGCCGAGCAGGCUGGCAUGGAUGCUGCCCGCGCUCAGAUGAGGGCAUGGUGGAUGGAGCAGCAGCAGGGCAAGGCCAUGGAUGCAGCGCGUGCGGAGAUGAGGCAAUGGUGGGUGCAGCAGCAGCAGGGCAAGGCCAUGGAUGCAGCGCGCGCAGAGAUGAGGCAAUGGUGGGUGCAGCAGCAGCAGGCCAAGGUGGAGGCAGCAGCUGCGGCGAGCAUGGAGCAGGGCAGAGCGCAAAUGAGGGCGUGGUGGGUGCAGCAGCAGCAGGGCAAGGCCAUGGAUGCAGCGCGAGCAGAGAUGAGGCAAUGGUGGCUGCAGCAGCAGCAGGGCAAGGCCCUGGAUGCAGCGCACGCAGAGAUGAGGCAAUGGUGGAUGGCGCAGGUGGCGGGGAAGAGGGCGGCGGUGGCGGAGCAGCUUCUGGCGGAGCAGGAUGAGUCGCGCUCCCAGCUCAAUGCAUGGGCGGUGGGCAAGUGGAGGGCGGUGCUGGGGGAGGCGGAGCAGCAGGCGGAGGAGGCGAGGCAGGAGGCCAUGGAGGCUGCCAGGGCGGAGAUGCGCCAGUGGUGGACGAGUCAGCUGGAGGAGAAGGCGGUGAAGCUGGCAGAGCAGGCAGCGGCGGCGGUGGAGGCGGAGGUAGCCAUGUAUGUGGCGGCCGCUGCUGACUUUGGUGGCGGGGAGGAGAGCGACCUCAGCGACGACGAGCUCAUUGCCUCCGAUGAUGAGGAGCAGAUGGUAUGGCAUGACGAGGUGGCAUCGAGCAUGGUGGAUCUCAGCCACAUGGAGCGGGCGGUCAUCGAGCGCGAGAUGGCCCGCUACCGUGCCAGGCGCGAGGCCAAGCGCGCCUUCUGGGAGCGCGACGUGCAGCGCUCCAUGGACCGCAACCGCAAGGCCAUGAGGGAAUGGUGGUUGCAGCAGUGGGGGGCGAAGCAGAGGGCCAAUGGGUGGGGCGACAACCCGCCCGUGUGGCGCCUCAAGCUCACCGCGGGCAGCGCAGACACGCCAGGUGGCAGCACGGCAUUGGAGGACGUGGAGGUGGCGGGCAAGGGCGUGACGCUGGGCCUGCUCCCCCAGCCCGAGGACGGCUCGCGACCCAUCGAGCUGCACCUCAAGGGGGUGUCGUUCUCGCACGCGGUGGUGUAUGGAAAGGACAAGUACAUGGGGUUCGGCAGCUACAAGCGCGAGUACUUCAUCAGCGACCUGGGCUCCACCACCGGCACCUUCCUCAAUGGGAAGCUGCUGGGAGUGAAUGCGCCGCGCAAGCUGGCCAAUGGUGACGUCAUCAAGCUGGGGCCUGAGGUGAGUUGCUGCGUGCGUGUUGUCAUCACUGCACCACACCACCAUCACACAAGGCUGACAUACAGCUCACAUGGGGCUCAUAUGCGGCUCACAUGGGGCUGA